CCUCACACUACAUAGAUGAAAAAAGGAGACAAGCACGUUCUCUGCAGGAGCGAUAGAAAGCAACAAAUCAAGCCAUAUAUUAAGCUAUUUUUGGGAAAACACUUUUCAGGUAAAGAUGAUCUGUAUCAAGAGUUAUGGAAAUUGUGUGCAGGUCCAUUAGUGGAUGUUCCAAAAGAUGGAGAAAGAGUUUACUAUUUCCCACAAGGUCACAUGGAGCAAUUGGAAGCAUCAAUAAAUCAAGAAAUGGAUCAGAGAGUUCCAUCAUUCAAUCUCAAACCAAAGAUCCUUUGUCGUGUUAUUCACAUUGAUCUCCUGGCUGAGCAAGAUAGUGAUGAAGUCUAUGCCCAGAUCACUUUGAUGCCAGAGGCACCAGAUCAAGCCGAGCCGAAUAGUCCGGAUCCAUGCCCUUCUGAGCCUGCAAGGCCUAGAGUUCAUUCCUUCAGCAAGGUCUUGACUGCCUCUGAUACAAGCACUCACGGUGGAUUUUCUGUUCUAAGGAAACAUGCUAAUGAAUGCCUUCCUCCCCUGGACUUGAACCAGCAGACUCCGACCCAGGAAUUGAUUGCGAAAGACCUUCAUGACAUGGAGUGGCACUUCAAGCAUAUAUUUAGAGGCCAACCUCGGAGACACUUACUUACCACAGGGUGGAGUACCUUUGUUUCUUCAAAGAGAUUAGUGGCAGGGGAUUCUUUUGUAUUCUUGAGGGGUCAGAAUGGAGAACUACGAGUUGGGGUCAGACGACUUGGUCGCCAGCAGAGCUCAAUGCCGUCAUCAGUGAUAUCUAGCCAGAGCAUGCACCUAGGAGUCUUAGCUACAGCAUCUCAUGCUGUUACAACCCAGACCUUGUUUGUUGUUUACUACAAACCGAGAACCAGUCAGUUCAUCGUAGGCCUCAACAAAUACUUAGAGGCUGUUAAACAUGGAUAUUCAGUUGGCAUGCGAUUUAAAAUGCAGUUUGAAGGGGAAGAGAAUCCUGAUAGAAGAUAUAUGGGCACUAUAGUUAGGGUUGAUGAUCUUUCCUCACAGUGGAAAGAUUCUACAUGGCGAUCCUUGAAGGUUCGAUGGGACGAGCCUGCAUCCAUAUCUAGGCCUGACAGAGUUUCUCCUUGGGAAAUCGAACCUUAUGUGUCUUCAAUUCCAAAUGCCCUUGUCCAGCCAACAGCAGGGAAGAACAAAAGGCAUCGGCUACAUGGUGAAACCAAAAUAUCAGAACCUGCAUCCUCAAUUGCCUCAGCGGUUUGGAAUCCUUCCCUCGACUCGCCUCAGUUUAACACCUCUGGCAUCAACAGCAGUACUAAUUGCACAUUAAUGUCUCAUACAGAGGGUGGUUGGCUGCUUCCUCAUUUAAAUACUUCUUCAGGUAUGCUUGUGGAUGAGACAGAAGACAGUAAAAGUGCUUCAGCUUGGUCUGGUUUUCCAUGCGUUUUGACCCCGCAAUUCUGUCAAGGGACUAAUCAGCUGAUUGUUAGUCAUGUUGAUGAGAGAAAAUGUGAUACCAUAACAACCUGUAGGUUAUUUGGUAUUGACUUGAAAAGUUCCUCAAUUAGCACUACUGAGGCACUACUACCGCCGCAGCCAGCCGACAUUUCUUCUGUCUCCGCAGAGAGAGAACCUCCAAACACGGUGCCUGGUGGUGAUUCAGAUCAAAACUCUGACCUUUCAAUAGACCUCAAAGAUCAAUUACAAGGGCAUUUACAGUUACCCCUAAAGGAGGUUCAAAGCAAGCAGAGUUGUUCCACCAGGAGUCGUACGAAGGUUCAAAUGCAAGGGGUAGCUGUAGGUCGUGCAGUGGAUUUAACCAUAUUGAAAGGAUACGAUGAGUUUAUAAAGGAGCUUGAGGAGAUGUUUGAAAUCCAUGGAGAGCUUCACUCACGAAAUAAAUGGGAGAUCGUGUUUACAGAUGAUGAAGGGGAUAUGAUGCUUAUGGGUGAUUAUCCGUGGCAAGAUUUUUGCAGUGUGGUGAGGAGGAUUUUCAUUUGUUCAAGUCAAAAUAUGAAAAAAUUGACCCUGUAAUGUGCAGACAGUUGAGCAACUGCUUUCAAAUGAAUAGGCGGAAGAUGGGGAAAGUUAAGACUAGCAUCUUUAAGUUGUAUCAUUUUGUCACCUCUUUGACUUCAUUCUCCAGAUAUAGUAGGAAAGAAACAAGGGGUGUUGACAUAGGUUUAUGUUAGGCUGCUGGAACGAGUCACCGUUGUGCCAUCAAGAAGAUUCUAGCCUACUUCAUGCUUGGUUUUGAGAGCAGUUAAGUAAUUAACUAGUUGUAUUAGGAUAGACUAGUAUAGAUAUGGUAUUAGAAGUUGUGAAUAGUUAAUGGUAUUUCUAAUGGUGGUUUCUGUCGUGUUCUAUUCGCGUUAAGUUGUAAAUACUCAUAUGCCAUUGCAGCAUUCUGGAAAUACAAUGCAUCGUCUUGUUAAUGUGCGUUCAUCUUUUAAUGAAAUGCGAUGGUUGAAAUUGCU